UCUGUAAACUUUCCUCUCUCUCAAAAGAAGCUUACCGUCUCUGUUCUAGAUUCUCUCAAGAUCUACGGGAAUGGCGACGCCAAAUCACGACGAUGUAGAGGCGUUCAUGAGCAUCACCGGUGUGUGUGAUCAGGCAUUAGCGCGGCGGGUGUUGGAGGAACAUGGGGGCAAUCUUGAUGCAGCUGUGAAUGCGCAUUUUAGUGAAGCACAAAGAUACAAUAUAAGUCCGAGGAAAGGGGAUAAUCCAAUCCAAGAUCGACCACAUGGAAUUUUGCCACUUCUCUCUGCUGUUAGAAGUUUUAAGCCUUCAUUACUACUGGACCCCACUUACAGGAGGAAUUUCAUGAACCAGAUAGGCGCUUCCGCUUUCGGAAGUCCUCCCCCAUUGCCUUCUGCACAAGCAGGAAACUACAACAGUGGCAACAUGCCACCUCAUCUUUUGAGACCCAUGCCUUUCAUGAAUGUAACUGGAACUUCAUCAUCUCAUGGUCAGGAUCGCAGUGAUGUCCAUCGUCCCGAUGGACAUCAUGCUAACGACAAUGACAUUGAAGAACAAAUGAUUAAAGCUGCUAUUGAGGCUUCAAAGCAGGAGGAAUCCUCCAGUAGUGGGCAUUCAGGCAGGCAGCUUGACCAAGAGGAUGAUGAGCUUUCUCGUGCAAUAUCAGAGUCCUUAAAGAUUGUGGAGCAAGAAAAAGCAAGGCCUGACCAAACAGCGGACAACCAUGAGCAAGAACCAGGAGUUAAUAGUUCAAGUGGAAGAUCUGAUGAAAGUUAUGAUGCAGCCACAGAGUGUCAUCAAUCAUUUUGCUUUCCUAUGAAGUGGGGUGGAAUAAGUUCCAGUGAACUUGAUGAAGCAAUGAUGCUUGAAGCAGCACUUUUUGGUCAAAUUCCUGAAGCUGCUUCAAAUCAAGUCCAAAAUGUGUCUACUCCACAAAGCACUUCAGAUAGAAAUGCAGAUCCGGAUUCUCGACCUGUACCCAACCAGCAGUCACCCUUGCUAACAGAGCAGUGGCUAGUACGAGCACAACAGCAGGAUGUUGAGGAGCUGUUGGCUGCAAAUGAAGCUUCCCUUCCUCAGGAACCAGCAUUGCAUGAUGAGAAUGCCAUAACGCUUCUUGUACGCAUGCCAGAUGCCAGCCGUCAUGGCUGUCGCUUUCUGAAAUCUGACAAGCUGAAGUUUCUUUUUGACUUCAUAGAUUUCUCUAGAGUGGUGAAGCCUGGCUCUUACAGAUUGGUGAGGCCAUACCCCCGUCGUGUUUUCACUGCUGAAGAAGGCUCGUUAAGCUUGAAUGAAUUAGGCCUAACUAACAAACAGGAAGCCUUGUUUCUGGAGAUGAUUUAGCUCCACCGGAAUUAUACAGAGCGACAUCUGAUGCACUGGUUUGAACCUGUAACUUGCGGAUUGUAUAAUAUAGAUCUAUUGACGUUUAUUUGUUGUUCAAUGCAAUAACUGAACCAAGAAGUGGUCUACGAAGUUUGAUUGAUCCAUGUUGUAUUAGUUCUUUCAACAGGAUGCACGUAUUUCUAGCAUGAGAUCAGGCGUUGCAUGUGCUGGGGCCGCCAGCGGGAGUCGGUUCCUAAUUGUUGCCUUAAUAGACUUUAUACAAUAUCAUUUUUUUUUCCUGUAAUAUCUACUUUCCCCUCUA